AUGGCAUAUAGAGGCCACUUCCUUGCUACCUCCCUUCCUCGUGGAUUGAAGGCACGGGCGACUCCGAUGCCUCAGCUUUGGGCUGUUCGAGGGUUUUCAACUUCAACUGCAGCCGCCCCUACCUUCGAGAGCAAAGUUGUCGUAGAUCGCUACUCGCCCGUAAGACAAGAAAGCGAACGUCUACCAAACGACGAAUAUGAAAGAAACAGCUUGUACACCGAGGAAGACUCGCGCCAAAUGGGUGGGGUAACAGCUUCUGUCCGUCAUGAUUGGACAAAAGAAGAGAUCGCAGAGAUAUACGACCUUCCAUUCCAUGAGCUUAUGUAUCGAGCAGGAGUCGUGCAUCGCAUGUACUGGGACCCUUCGGAAGUACAACAGUGCACCCUACUUAGCAUCAAGACCGGUGGAUGUACCGAGGACUGCUCCUACUGCUCUCAAUCGACGCGUCAUAAGACGUUUGUUAAGCCAACCCCAACGAUGAAGGUUCAAGAAGUGCUUCAGGCUGCACAAAGAGCCAAAGAUGCCGGCUCGACUCGCUUUUGCAUGGGUGCUGCAUGGAGAGAGCUGGGCAACAAGAAGAACGCCUUCAAUCACAUCUUGGAAAUGGUCCGAGGAGUCAACUCGAUGGGACUCGAAGUUUGCUGCACUCUUGGAAUGUUGAAUGCGGAGCAAGCCAAGCAGCUGAAGGAUGCCGGUCUUUCUGCUUACAACCACAACUUGGAUACCUCUCCAGAGCAUUAUCCCAAGGUCAUAACUACUCGAUCAUACGAGGAUCGAUUGAACACGAUUGCGAACGUUCGUGCUGCUGGAAUCAGUGUGUGCAGUGGUGGAAUCUUGGGCCUUGGCGAACAAGAGAUCGAUCGGGUCGGUCUGCUUCAUGUCUUGGCAACUCUAGACGAACACCCCGAGAGUGUACCCAUCAAUGCUCUUGUAUCUGUGGAAGGAACUCCGCUCGGAGAUGACGAGGAUAUUGAUCGGGUUGACGCAUUCAAUAUGGCUCGAAUGAUUGCAACUGCCAGAAUUGUGAUGCCACGAACUAUGGUUCGGCUAUCCGCCGGAAGGAUGACAUUCAGUCAUGCAGAACAGUACCUGAUGUUUCAAGCUGGGGCAAAUUCAAUCUUCAAUGGCGACAAGCUUUUGACUACGGACAACCCUGAAUUUGACGAAGAUCAAGCCAUGUUCCAAAAGUUCGGAUUCCGAGGAAAGCCAGCUCACAAGGGACCAUUGGUUGCUCCAGCAGAAGCAUCUGGAGAGGUUCUUAUCACAAAGACUCGGACGGAGCAGUUCGCAUAG